AUGGCCAUUGUGUCAUUACCUGAGAAGUUUUCGUGUGCUAUUACCCUCGAAGAUCUGAAGAAUUCUGAUGCAAGAGGCACAGGGACGCGAGAUAAAGAGGCACAGGUACGCGAGAUAAACCAAACAAAGUGGACGCGGAAAAUAACAUCGGAGAGCGUGGACCCGCUAAUACUUGGAGCAGUGAACCAAGCGGCGAGAGAACAUGCUAUACGGAAUCCCCCCAUGACUGAUAUUGCAAGUCAGCUCCAGGCGGCACAACAAUAUUAUAAAGACAUAGAUGUUGCCAUGAGGAAGCUGCUUGCAGACAAUGAAUUAAGAACUGUUACCCAGAUUCAAGGUGUGAAGGAACAAGCAAUGUUGAACCUAGCAGUUUGCAAAGACCACGCAAACGAACUUCACACUACGUGGUAUGACAUAAAAAAAGCGUGUGAUUCAGUUACGAAUAUCUGA